UCUUAACCAAUCAGAAAGCUCCAGUUUUCUCUGCCCAAUGCACAAUAGUUCGAAAAAAAUUGUUUUCCUAAAAUCAUUAUCACUUGUCAGUAUAUAUAAUUUCUUUUCGUGGAUCAAUUGUCUUGUUCGAUUGUCGACGCCUAGUCAGGGGGGAUAAAAACAGGGAAUACGUUUUGAGUGUUUUAUAAAUACAUUCUGGUACAUACGUAAAUAUCUGUUGUGUUUCGCAGAUGUCUCUUUCAAUGGAUAUCGACAAAGAAGAAAACAAUACAGAAGACUUUCGACUGCAGAUGCAAAGGAACAUGGAAAAACCAGAUUUCAUGGAUAUAAAUUAUCAAGAAAAAGAUGAUCUAUAUAUUAAGGAUGGUGGUGCUCGAAAUAUAGAAUCAAAUAUUGAUCAUAACAAUCACGAAAAGAUGUUUGAUCAAAGUCAUUGUAAUGAUACAAUGGAAGAUAAUGUUAAUCUUCUAAAUGCUGCUAUCGAUGCAGUUAAUGGUUUGGACAGCCAGGAAGCAGAAUCAAAUGUUGAUGACAUUGUAACCAAUGAUGAUUUAAGACAAUUUGAUGUAUUGGAUGAUCUAGAACGACAUCCAGAUCAAAAUUGUUCAGACAUGGACUCUGAUACGAACGAGAGCAUGGAUUCUGAUGUUCCAGAUGAAGAAAUUGAAGCUAUGCUUGAAGAAGGUUUACCAGAAGAAUUUAAAGGAAAGAGGAAAGACAAGAAAGAUAGUAUGCCAUAUGAAGAAAAGGAGAAACUUGUUUUAGAUGAAAUUGGACAUAAUCAUUUUGAUGUCUUGCCCGAAGGUUGGGUACAAGUAACACAUAACAGUGGAAUGCCAUUGUAUUUACAUAAACAAAGCAGAGUUUGUACAUUAGCCAAACCAUAUUUUCUUGGUCCAGGAAGUGUAAGAAAACAUGAAGUCCCUGUUAGUGCAAUACCUUGUCUUCAAUACAGAAGAGCAUUACACGAAGAGGAAGAAGAAAAAAAGAAAGAGAAAGAUCGCGAGCCCUCUGCUGAAAUUUGUAGUCUUCCCAGUGCAAAAAUAGAGACCAUUCAAGAAAACCGAGCAGCUCAUUCUUUAGACAGCGAACAACUUAGAAAUUAUUGUCAAUCACUCUUCCGUUUUAAAGCUAUUAAAGUCAUGAGAUUUCAAUCAUGGUCUGCUCGUAGAAAGUUCACAAAAAAUAAAAAACAUCGUAAGCAAUUGGAACGUCCAACUUUACCCGAUGGUACGAAGUUAAUAACAUUCCCAGUUACAAGUUCAGGGAUGACGGGAAGCAGCAGUAGUACAACAGGAGAAGAUAGUGGUACGCAAAGGCCAUCAAAACAUUGGAUAAUGAAUCCCUCUGGCAAAAGUUAUGUUUGUAUUCUUCACGAAUACGUACAACAUGCGUUAAAAAAACAACCAACAUAUAAAUUUAAGGAACUAGAAAAUGCAGCAACACCAUAUUCCGCAGUAGUGUGUAUUAAUGAUAUGGAAUACGGCAGUGGUUUUGGCAGUAGCAAAAAACAAGCAAAAGCUAAUGCAGCACGCAAAACUCUAGAAAUUUUGAUUCCACAAAUGAGAGAUAAGAUUUCUGGAGAAAAUGGUGAUAACGGGUCUGGUAAUUCUAGUCGAACGAUUAAAGCAUCCAGAGGAAAUUCUGAUGCAGAUUUGUCAUUUUUCGAUGAAAUCUCAAUAACGGAUCCACGGGUAGCAGAAUUUUGUGCAAAAACGACCGAACCAUCUCCGCAUGCAAUUUUGAUUACUUGUCUUCAAAGGAAUUAUGGUUUAGGGGAUAUGCAUAUUAAUUAUUCUGUAAAUACAUUGAAACACCAACGUAAUGAAUUUACAAUGCGCGUUGGAAAACACGAAGCUACAGUUGUAUGUCGUAAUAAGAAAGAUGGAAAACAAAGAGCAGCUCAGGCAAUUUUACAACUAAUGCAUCCACACAUUCAAUCCUGGGGUUCCUUGUUAAGAUUGUACGGAUCACGAAGUGUAAAAUCCUUUAAAGAAAAAAAACAAUUAGAACAAGAAAUAACAUUGUUGCAAGGAAAAGCAGCAGUUAAUCAACCGAAUCAUGCAAUAUUAGGUAAACUUAGACAAGAAAUGCGUAAACUAGCUGAACAACAUAAAGCAAUACAACCUAUUGGUAAAUUUAUACCAUUAGAUUUACCCACUGGUUCUUCAGCUAAUUUAAAUAAUGUAGAUUUGUAGUAUACUAGUCAAAUUUAGGGAAGUCUAUUGAUACGAAAGAAAUAUAUUAAAUUGAUUUUAGAAAAAAAAAGAAAAAAAAAACAUAUGGUUAAAAUGUAUCAUGAAAAAAGUGUAAAAGUUCUCUUAACAGUUCUUGUAUUAUAACAAACGUGAUAUGUAUGUGUGUGUGUGCGCGUGUAUGUGUGUAUAUAUAUAUAUAUAUAUAUUAAUAUAUAUAUACACAUAAUUUUUUAUAUAUCAUUUUUAAUAUACAUUAUCUAAUCUUUACUUAACUGAAAACUGUAGCUUCUACAUUUUUGCAUUGUUUCUUUUACAGAACAAUAUUAUUAAUAAAAAAGAAAAACUUGCUUUUUAUAUCUAUAUUGUAAUAAUUAAAUAUAAGAUACAAUAUCAGAAUGUGUAUGAUGUAAUCAAAAAUACUUAUAAGUAUCAACAAUAAAAAUAAAACACUAGUCAUACAUAAUCGAGAUUAUAUCUUGUCGGUAUCAACGUAUUUCGUAUUACGAAAUGAAUAAGUAUAUGAAUUUUUAAUUUUUUAAUGAUACUUCAAAUUAAAU